UCUGUUGAUUAUUCCAAACGGCUUAGUUUCAGUUUAUAGAAUGAGAAUCUUCGCAAACAUACUCGCAGUGUUAUAAAUAAAUAGUUAUGGUGAAAAAUGAUUUUCUCCUACUUGAUACCUUAUUUUCGUCACUUAGUUGUGAUAGGACUGGCAGUGUUAAUGUUCGUCAUUCUUUCCCGAGAACCAGAGGACAUUCUUGCUAACGAACGAGAAGAGCAAAGUGAACGAGUUUCAUCCGAUGAGAGACUAUACAGCGAACUGGAGCUUGCACAAUACGAUGGCCGUGAAGGAAGUCCUGGUAUCUAUCUCGUUAUCCUUGGCUAUGUGUACGACGUAGCGACUGGAAUCAAACAUUACGGCCCUGGAGAGGCAUACAACAUGUUUGUAGGUCAUGAUGCAUCAAGGUCCUUCAUAAGUGGUGAGUUUGAAAGCUACAGGCCAGAGUUAUCGGACGUGUCUUCUCUAACGGAUGGUGAACUAAAAAGUCUCGUCAAAUGGAAAUCGUUUUAUGAUGAAACCUACCAAUACAAAGGUAAACUCGUCGGUCGUUACUUCGAUGACCAUGGUAGGCUGACCGACUAUCACAAGGUCGUUCUUGAGCGUGCAGCCAAAGCGGAGCAGGAAGAUGCUAAACCACACCAGCAGUAUCCUUCCUGUAACGUCGAGUGGAAAGAAGAAACUGGUACGCGUGUUUGGUGUACGUCUCGUUCGGGCGAUGGUCAAGAACGCGGAUGGGUUGGAAAGCCACGAAGGUAUGUCGACGAACAGAGUCCAUACUGUGUUUGUGUGCCGGAAGAAGUUGCUAGUUCAGAUUCUUCAUUGGCACUCUUCGAUAACUGUGAUGCGAAUAGUGAGAGCUGUUUUGUGAUAGACACGAAGCAGGGAUAACUGUGUGACAGUAUUAAGUUGUUGUUCUCGAAUAAAAUAUUUUUCCAGUA